CGGGAUUUCUCGAUGGAGGAACGCGUUCUCUUCCACGCCAUCAUCACACCACUCAUACACUCAUCCGUACAACCUUCCGACUACAUGCGACUGCACAGAAAUAAUAGAAAUACAUGUGCUAAUGUCGCCUCAAUUCCGAAGGGCUGACGCAGAGAUUUUUCCCAUAGUAUUCCGACUUCGUUUUCAGUCACCUCCUGGACCCAUUGCUUCAGUUCCUCUGCGACUUUUCGACUCUGUUACACGAUGUCGAAAUUCUGUGCGCAGGACUCGGCCUUUGGACCACAAUCCCAAUGUCGUUCUUUUGAUUUCACAGUAAUGUUCGAGAAUGCGAUAUUGUCGAUUAUUCCGAGUGCCAUAGCUCUAGUUCUCUUUGCUUCGUACGUUCGACUUUCUGUAUCGCGGAAGAUCAUCGGAGCUUCUCUUCGUCGACCUGAUGUUUUGAUCGCCUUCAUCCUUAAUCUUGCGCUCAAUAUCCUCGCGUUAAUUGCUUGGACCAUUGCCAAACCAACGGAUGUUCCGGUCCUUGCGGGUACAUAUUUGACGGCCGCGUUAGUUGUGUCUCUCGUAGUCUCUAUUCUUAACGUCAUUUUGGUUUCCAAUGAGCUAUCUCGGAAAGACUCCUCUUUUGCCACUUCUCUGUAUCUCUUGGUUGUCCUGCUUCUGGACGCCAGUCGACUUCGUACCUUUAGCUCUGCAGGAAAAAGCUCAAUCUCAAUGUUCUUUUUUGUUGCUUUCGCAGCUUCGUUUGCUGUCCGCGGUCUAUGCUUAGUCUUGAUGAACACCCCGGAACCCAAAGAGUCUGGAGUCUAUAAGAGCUCAGGAUUUUUCUCCAGCAUAUUUCUAUUAUGGCUUCUCCCAUUAAUGUGGAAAGGUCGUAAAGGAACUUUGAAUCUGGAUGAUCUACCGGAUUUUGAUCAAAGAUCCACUGCCCUGUAUAUGCGUUUUGAAACUUCCUGGCGUCGGGAAAAACGGAAAACUCACCCCAAACUCCUGAAAGCGCUUCUGCGAGCGUUUCUUUCCACGUUCAUGUCUCCAGUAAUACCGGCAAUCCUUAUGUCCCUUACGCAAGUCGUUCAACCUGCCAUGGUCAACGCAGCCAUUCAGUUCAUCGAUUCAUACUCCUCUAACUCUCCAGAGCCUGUUGAAUGGGGAUGGUCGCUAGCAGGAAUGUUCGCCUUUAUAUUCUUGACUUUAACUUGUGCUUCAACCUUGUACUGGUACUGCAUUGCUCGAACAAGUGCAUAUAUUCGUGGAACCAUGUCCGAGGCAGUUUAUCGCAAAACCCUUGCUUUGAACGUGACUUGUCUCGCGAGCGUUCCUGGUGGUAAUCCGAUGAAUCUCAUAAGUGCUGACAUCGACCGUAUAACAUCUGUGAUAGAUCCACUCCAUCAGAUGUGGUCAUCACUCAUCACUAUUGCGAUUGGUCUCUACCUGAUAUACAACGAGCUUGGUGUUGCCUUUGUAGCCACCAUUGUUAUGACUAUUGUUAUAAUGGUGGUCACUCCUUACUUCUCCCGAGAGAUACGACCUUUGCAGACAAAGCUCUCGGCGGCAGGGGAUAAACGUAUUCGACUGAUAUCAGGCAUUCUGAGACAGAUCAAAGGCAUCAAGCUAUCAGCUUACGAGCCUGAGCUUAUCAAGAAAGUAUCAGAAGUUCGCACAGCGGAAUUACAGGCUCGAAAAAACUUUUGGAGGAAAUUUUAUCUGAUAGUCUGCACGACAAGCGUGACGAUGAAUGCGCUCUCUCUAGCGACUCUUGGCACGUACGCCAUUAUCUCAUUCCUUUCACAUAGCCAAGGUUUGACUACCGCCCGGUUAUUUACGGCUUAUACUGCCAUUGGGAUCAUUACAGCCCCCAUUUAUGCUAUUGGCCAAAACUAUCCUCGCGUGCUGGCGGCUUACGCUUGCAUAAAGCGCCUCGAGGGUUAUCUUCUGAGCCUCGAGUCCAAAUCUUCGCAGUCUGUUGAUUCAUCCUCGGUUUCUGCUUUUGAUUCUGAGACUGAAGGCUCGACCAAGGGCGAUGUAGUUUCGGGGAUUCAAGAGAUUACCUAUGAUGAGAAAAUGAAUACAUCCGAGCCUCAGAUAUCUGGAACUGUGUCUUUUCGUUCUGCAUGCAUCGGAUGGAGUGAAAAGGUGUUGCUCUAUGAUUUAAAUGCAGAAAUACAAGUCGGAAUGAUCACCAUGGUGAUAGGACGCGUGGCUUCGGGCAAAAGCACCUUCCUGCACUCAUUGCUUGAGGAAACGCAAAUUCUGUCCGGGACAAUUUCCUAUCCUUUCAAACGGGGUUCUAUUGCUUAUUGCUCGCAAACACCCUGGCUUCAACCGAGCCAGACUAUUCGUAACAAUAUCCUGUUUGCAUCCAAUUAUGAAGAAGCAUGGUAUACCGAGGUCAUUCGUGCUUGUGCUUUGGAAUUCGACCUCAAGCAGAUGAAGAACGGGGACUCAACGCUUGCAAGUGGUUUGAGCGGAGGCCAAAAAGCCCGAGUCGCGCUUGCUCGUGCAGUUUACUCCCGGAAACCAGUGGUAGUAUUAGAUGACGUUUUUUCAGCAUUAGACGGGCCCACUGCAAAUUCGAUGUUUGAGGCGCUUUUUUCUCGAGGACGAGGCUUACUGACACACAAAACAGUAAUUUUGUCUACAAAUAAGAUGGCUCAUCUCAACUUUGCGGACUGGAUCAUUUCACUGAAUGAGUCCAGAAUAUCCGCACAGGGGACAUAUAGUGAUCUCCGGGGAGUCGAAGUCCUCAAAGAGGUUGUUAGCACUCUAGAAGAUACGUCGUUACCUAACGGCCCAGUCAGCGGCCCGAAGAAACCGUCGUUCAAGAUGGAGGAGCUCCCGGAUAGCACAAAGUCCAUUGCCAUGAGAUCUUACAUGCACUACUGCCGAGCCGCAAGCUGGUAUUGUAUAGCCGUAUACUUGCUCCUACUCCUCUUGACUGUCGGCAUUCAAACCAUCACACCUGUUUACUUGCAGGUCUGGAGUACCUACAACGACAGUCACUUCUCCAAUAGGAAAAGCGUAGUUGCGUAUCUGCCGGGAUACGCUGCCAUUGAAAUUGCUUAUACGUUUGCUCUGUGCUAUGUAUUUUACUACAUGAUCAUGAUCCUCUCCCAGAAUGCGUCACGCAACCUUCACGAGUGGCAAUUCUCUGCAGUAAUGCACGCACCAAUGUCGUUCUUCGACUCUACUCAAGUGGGACAGACGAUUAAUCGUUUCAGUCAAGACAUAGCUUACAUUGAUGGUGGACUGCCCCUUGCGUUGUACGAUUUCUUCUACCAGAUGGUUCGAGCCAUUGGUGGUAUCAUUGUCAUGAUCAUAGCGCUCCCUUACAUGGCUGCUGUGGUCUUCGGUGUGGUCGUUGUAUUCUACCUCGUACAAUGGUUUUACUUGGCAACAUCCAAACGUGUUCGGAGGUUAGAUUUGGCUAGCAAAUCACCUUUGUACACAUUAUAUCAAGAAACCAUGAUGUUUGACGCACUUCUGACUGUUCGUGCUGCUGGUGCCGAAGGUCACUUUCUCGAUAGUAGCGAGAUACUCUUAGCUCGAUCGCAGAGACCAUUCUACUUGUCAAGGAAUGUGGCAGCAUGGCUCGUGAGUAGCAUUGGGAUUAUGACUUCAAUCGUCAACACCUCUGUUGUUCUUUUGGCAAUUGGUACAAGGCGCAGUGCCAGUGCCGGACUAUUUGCUGCUGCAAUGAGUCAAGCGAUAUCACUUCAGGACAUGCUCAACACCAUGUUGACAUCCUGGACAAAACUCGAGAUGGCAGCUGUUUCCUUGGAGCGGAAUUUAGACCUUGUCAACCUUGUACCGGAAGACGACGAUGAUAAAUCUCAAGGUCCUGGAAUCUCGGAUGACAAUGAAUGGCCAUCUCGAGGGGAGAUUGAGCUGACCAAUGUGAUGGCCAAGUACAGAGUAACGCCUAUUCUCAAAGACGUCUCAUUCCGUGCUCCGGCUGGUAGUUCUCUCGGCAUAUGCGGUCGUACAGGUUCUGGAAAGAGUACCGUGCUGUUAGCUCUGUUAAGGGCUCUUCAAGUCGAAGGAGAAAUUCUAAUUGAUGGAAAGAACAUUAUGAACAUCUCUCGACGCCGACUGCGGAAGGGCAUGACCAUGGUCGGCCAAGAACCUUUCCUUUUGGACGGAACUAUUCGCGAAAAUCUGGAUAUUACUGGAUGCAAAUCAGACGAUGAUGUUUGGGCGGCCAUUGAGUCGGCGCAACUCAAGCCAGCCAUAUCCGAACUAAACGGCGGUAUCGACCACCAAAUCCAAAGUAUAAGCCCAAUUUUAUCUCCGGGUCAGAUACAACUUCUUGCCCUUGCACGAAGUCUUCUGUCUGGAAAAAAGAUCAUUCUUCUGGACGAAGCAACCGCCGCGCUGGAUGGAGAAACGGACGACAGCAUUCAAGAGGUGAUACGGUCGUCCUUCAAGGACUGUACCUGCAUCACUAUUGCUCAUCGUAUCAAGACGAUCAAAGAUUAUGACCAAGUAGUUGUGUUGAAUCAUGGCCUGGUCGAAGAGAUGGGUGACCCCGCUGAGUUGCUGCAGAAGGAGGGAAGCGUUUUUAGGGAAUUGGCACAAGCUUCUGAAGAGUAAAGAUUACAAUAAAAACUACAGAUAAUUACAGUAUUAUCCCCUGUGUUCCAAACUGACCAUCUAGGUUUUUGGCGUUUAGCUCAACCCCCUCAUACCCAGGCAUCACCCUCCCUUGUCACUCGAUUGAUGACCACUUGCGUAUUUACUAUUUAGUCCUCCUAAUCUGAUGUAUACAAGACAUACACAAGUCAGAUCACUGGGAGGAGGCUGGGGGGAAGGUGUGAUCACAGGUUCGACGGAAUGAUGUCAGUGAGCG